UUGCACGCCCAGGCAGCUGUUUUCUUUAGUCUCUGUUUGGGCAUAGACGUGUACAUUUCUAUUGAGACAUGAUGAAGGAACUUAAUGAGCGAAAUCAAACCGGAUUUUGCUUGUUUGCGCUUGGCUGCAUUUCAUCGGAGCACAGCAGCCACAAUUUGCUGUCUAGUGGAACACGGAUUUAGGACAAAUUAACAUUAAAAGUGUCCCGCUGAAAAAAAGCGUCCGCGUUGCACUGAUUGUGACCAUGCUGGAAUGGCUCAUGAUGCUGUGCGCUGCGGUUUUGGUGGCAAUAAUCUGGUCCAGCUCCAAAGUUAGUGGUACCGAGGAGCAUGCAAACACUGCACCCAAAGGACCCAGUCGUACACUGAAAGACGACGGCUGCACCGACCACACACGCAGCGUGGAGCUCAUCUGCAAACCUUCCGCCCUGGCAAACUAUCUCCUGAAGAACUGCACCACUUUCACUAACUACUCGCCGUGGGUCGGGUGGACGUGGCGAGCCAGCGCUAUCCUCCAGAGCUUUUAUGAGACUUGCUGGUCCUACGGGAGCCCGGUCCACUUUGUGCGGGACAACCUGCAGCUGAGCGACGAUGGACUGGUGGCUUUGGACUGGGCUUUUCCUUCCUACCAGAAGAGGCGCAGGACUUCCAGUCAUUCCACCAGCCCGGUUCUUCUCAUCAUCCCCAAUUCGCUAGGCAAGAUCACCAGAAAUGCUUUGCAGUUGUGUCAAACAGCCCUUUCCCAUGGAUACCUCCCUGCAGUCUUCAACCGCCGCAGCCACAACGGCACCCCGCUCACCACUGUCAAACUGCAGCAGUUUGGAGACCCCGCAGACCUGCGAGAGGCCGUGCGCUACAUCCGCUACCGGCAGCCUGCCAGCAAAUUGUAUGCAGUGAGCGAGGGCACCGGAUCCGGCCUCCUCCUCUCUUACCUGGGGGAGUGCGGCUCGUCCAGCUACGUGACGGCGGCCGUCUGCCUGUCGCCUGUCUUUCGCUGCCAGAGCUGGUUUGAGAAUGGCCUCUGCUGGCCCCUGCAAUGGGCCUUGGUGCUUUAUCAGAAAAUGUGCCUCAGCAGAUACAGGACGGCGUUGAGUCCUUCCAUACAUAUGGACAGCCUCUUUUCGACCAGUUCCCUACGUGGCCUGGAGGAAGUUCUGUUCUGUGGCCAGGUUGGCUGUGCUUCGGCACUACCAACUGGGACCGGUGGCAGCGCUCCUGCUUCUUGGGAUUCUUACUGGGAACGCAAUGAACCCUUAAGAGAUGUGGAUGAAGUGGCCAUCCCAGUCCUGAGCGUAUGCGCUCAGGACGACCCUGUCCGAGGAAACACCCAGUCCACAAUACCCUGGGAACUUUUUGAAAGCAAUCCACAUUUUUUUCUCCUUCUAACAGACCGAGGCGGCCACUGUGGUUUCUCCACGCCAUGCGAACUAAGUAUCACUGGGCCAGCUAACUCAGCGACAGCUCUCAGCAGUGUGAAGGCUAACGGUGUGACCAAUUGGAGCCACCGAGCUCUUUUGGAAUUCUUUAGGGCGACCACAGACUUCUUUGCCGCGGAGGAGAGGACAAAGCAGCUCGCUGCAAGGAGGAGGGGUUUGGGGGGAGGCACGGGAGGGAGAGUCUUCCGACACCGGAGUGUCAGUACGUGUAAACGAGUGCCAGAGUGCUCUCAUAAUAUCCACGCCAUCUACAACUGGCAGAGGUCCUAUACACGCUGAAAGAAAUUAAUGGAAAAUGACACAUCGUGUGCUUUUUCUGGUUCCAAGACAAGAUGAUGGGGCCUUCCUUGUGCCCUAGUGGAGUGGUUUACAUAAUUGACAUAGUUGCCCCUUUGACUGAUUUAAAGCCAUUGUAAAAGUUGGACUUGAUGUGAGUAAGUGAUUUUCCGUAAUAAAAUCAGCAAUUCCGCUGUCAUGCUAACAUAGCAGAGUUGUUGCUGAGUAACAAUGUGUGAUGUAAUGUUGGCUACCUUUGUAGUUGACACUGGAGAAACUCAAAUGCACUUGGGCUACGGAUUCAUGUUUGACAUUUAAAUGGUUGUUUUGACAUUUAAAAUGUGGGAAGCAUUGAUAGGAGGCAUCUGGCUGUGUCCCUUGGCUCACGUAUCUGCAUGGAGUUUGCAUGUUCUCUGGUUUCCCGUCACAAUUCCAAAACAUGCAUAUUAGUUUACAUAAAGUGAGUAUGACUGUAUUUUUGUCUGUUAAGGCCCUGUGAUUGACUAGUUGGAUUGAUAGAUGGAAUAGUCAGUAGUGUUCUAUUUCAAUGUUUGUCCGAAUUUCAUGUUGAAGCUCUGUUGAUGUCAUCAUAACAUUUUUGGUGUUGUUGUUACAUAUGACAUCUUUGAAUGCAGCCGUAUUGUUGACUAUACACAUUUAAUGCUCGUAAUAAAAAGUGCUUCUACUGUUUAUCAUUU